UCUCAAUUCUCCUCUUUUCCGUACAGUUAACGACAUCAGUACAGUAUGUACGUGAUUCAGAUCGUCUUAAAACAUCUCAUCACAAGUUUUUCUUAUUAAGCUCGGGAGUUCAUUUAGAACAGACACGCAUACAAAAUGACGGUACCGAAAGAUAACAUAUUUGUUCUGCAUCCAGUGACAGAUCAGUUUCCCGGGGUUGAAUAUUGUGUCAAUAGCAACCCUCCUUGGGCCGAAGCUGUUGUUCUUGCUUUUCAGCAUUAUCUGGUGAUGCUUGGGACCAUAAUUAUUAUAUCUUCUAUUAUUGUUCCUCCAAUGGGUGGGAGUAAUGUUGAAAAGGCUUAUUUGAUUCAAACAAUGUUGUUUGUUGCUGGAAUUAACACGUUGUUACAAACGUGGUUCGGUACACGGCUUCCGGUGGUGAUUGGAGGAUCGUUCAGAUUCAUCGUUCCUAUGCUCUACAUCGCUUUAUCACAACGAUACAGUUUCUACUUUGAACCCCACAUUAGGUUUCGUCAAACAAUGCGGGGGAUGCAAGGAGCGCUGAUGAUCUCUUCAAUUCUUCCUAUUUUAUUUGGAUUUCUCGGUAUCUGGAGAAUUGUUGCCAGGUUCCUAAGCCCCCUAUCUGCCGUUCCUAUGGUCACCCUUCUCGGGCUUGGUCUCUAUGCUCAAGGAUUUCCACUCUUGGCAGAAUGCGUCGAGAUUGGGCUUCCGGAGUUAAUUAUGCUAGUUUUAUUUUCUCAGUAUGUCCCUUACUGGUGGAAAUCAAAAUGGCUUGAUCGAUUUGCCGUCAUUAUCUCUAUAGCAACUGUAUGGGCAUAUGCAUCGCUUCUUACAGCAGCUGGUGCAUAUAAAACUAGACCUCCUAACACUCAAUUCAGCUGCCGUGUGGAUCGCUCUGGUCUAGUAAGCGGUGCUUCAUGGAUAAAGUUUCCGUAUCCAUUACAAUGGGGUCGUCCUACUAUUCAUGCUGGUGAUGCUUUUGUAAUGCUGGCAGCUGCUUUUGUGUCUCUUAUCGAGUCAACAGGCACAUUUAUUGCGGCUGCAAGAUAUGGGAGUGCAACACAUGUACCGUCUUCUGUUCUAAGCCGGGGUGCUGCUUGGCUGGGAAUUGGUAUUUUGAUGGAUGGAUUAUGGGGUACAGGAACUGGCUCAACGGCAUCGGUUGAAAACGUUGGCCUUCUAGCUGUAACGAAAGUGGGAAGCAGACGAGUGGUUCAGAUGUCUGCAGGCUUCAUGUUCUUCUUUUCUAUUUUAGGCAAGUUUGGAGCAAUUGUAGCUUCUAUACCUUUACCGAUCAUUGGAGCUUUGUACUGCGUCUUAUUUGCCUACAUGUCUUCUGCUGGUCUAGGGUUACUUCAAUACUGCAACCUUAACAGUUACAGAACMAAGUUCAUCCUCGGUUUCUCGCUCUUCAUGGGUCUUUCUGUGCCACAAUACUUCAAUGGCUACGUGGUUACAACUGGGCAAGGCCCUGUUCGCAGUAGAUCCACUUGGUUCAACGAACUGAUGCUGGUGAUAUUCACAUCUCCGCCAACAGUGGCGGCCAUUGUUAGCAUKUUUCUGGACCGGACUCUUGGUUACGGCCACAAAGAUGUUCGGAGAGAUGGUGGGAGACAUUGGUGGGGAAAGUUCAAGUAUUUUGAAAGAGAUGCAAGAAGUGCUGAAUUCUAUUCACUUCCUUAUGGUCUUUCCAAGUACUUUCCCUCACUUUAAUGGCUGCCUUAGCUUGUAUGCAUUUAGCCCAUUUGCAGGCUUGUCUUAUUGUGAAUAUGACACUACUAUCUUGUAAUAAACAUGCAUCUAUUCCUCUGGCUAUCCCUCUUAAGUCAUGGGGACCAAGUUGUCUUCUUAAUAUGAUAAGAAUGUACAAGAUUUGA